CUACAUUUUCGCUGGUCACUUCCUGUGCAUCCCAACAACAUCCUACACCUAGCGUUUGAAAAAUGUCUUCUCCGUCAAAGCGAAAGCCCAGUAGCUCACCACCCGACAAGGUCGCUGUAGCGAAGAAACAAUGCAAUGAGCCUCCACAACAACGAAAAGCGCAAAAAUCCGAAGCAGGAAAUCCAUGGUCGCUGCCAUCACCAAACUCCUCCCAAAGCAUCGACGGCGCAGACAAUCCCAAACCCGAGUCCACUAAGCCGCCGCCCACAACAACCACCAAUCUGUCCCAACCUAGCGACUGGGAUGUUGAAAGCACCUCGUUUACGGAAUUCAAGCGAAUCCGCGACAUGCCUCAUGAGGAGCGCGUCGCCUACUUUAAGCAAUUCGGCCUAGAUUAUAGCUCCGACGAGUCAGAAGGCGACGAGCCGGAAGGUGAUGAGCCGGAAGGCGACAAUAAUUGGGCUCCGGAUGUCGAAUACGAGAAUUAUAAGGAGCAGGUAUGCGUAGCGAGGUGGGUUGAUGGCUGCGGAUGUAGCAAGAUCGAUUGAGUAAGAUAGAAGUGUAUCUGUUAAC